AUGGCGGAGCCGCCCGGCGCCGCGGCCGAGGACUCGUGGGGGAAGGUGGACGCAGCCUACAGCGACAAUGGCCUGGACUCGGCGCUCUUUAUGGAAAACGCUAGGAAAGGAAGCAUAGUGUCACGGGCCAACAGCAUUGGCUCUACCAGUGCCUCUUCGGUCCCCAACACAGAUGAUGAGGACAGCGAUUAUCACCAGGAGUCCUACAAGGAGUCGUACAAGGACCGGCGCAGGCGGGCGCACACCCAGGCGGAGCAGAAGAGGCGAGACGCCAUCAAGAAAGGCUACGAUGACUUGCAGGCCAUCGUUCCGACCUGUGAGCAGCAGGAUUUCUCCAUAGGCUCCCAGAAGCUGAGCAAGGCCAUCGUCCUCCAGAAAACCAUCGACUACAUCCAGUUCCUGCACAAGGAAAAGAAGAAGCAAGAGGAGGAAGUUUCUACCCUCAGGAAAGACGUGAUGGCCUUGAAGAUCAUGAAAGUGAACUACGAGCAGAUUGUGAAAGCUCAUCAGGACAACCCGAACGAGGGGAAGGACCAGGUCUCUGACGAGGUGAAGUUCAAGGUUUUCCAAGGCAUUAUGGAUUCCCUGUUCCAGUCCUUUAACGCCUCCAUCUCAGUAACAAGUUUUCAGGAGCUCUCGGCAUGCGUCUUCAGCUGGAUUGAGGAGCACUGCAAGCCCCAGACGCUGCGGGACAUUGUGAUCGGGGUCCUGCACCAGCUGAAGAGUCAGCUCUACUGAGCCUUCCCCUGCGGCGCCAGCGGCUCCGGGGCUGCCACUGCCUCCACGCCGGCGGGGACGGGGCACCUCCUGCCCGGGGGCCUGGGUGACGGGCGCCAGGAAGGGGCUGGGCCGUCUCCCUCCUGGCUGUUUUUAAAGCUUCUCUGAAUUAUUUAUUGUAUUAACUACAAAACCAAAACAGGCUCUGCAGACACCUCUGCUCCACAGGUACUGUCACAGUCGAUAUUGCCAAAUAUUUGUAGGGACUUAGCAAAGCGGGGGAAAAAAGUGUGUAUUGAGUAGAGGUCUUUUAAGGUGCCAGAGAGUCUUUAGCUCAGGCAGGCGUGGCGGGGUUUGCCUGUGCCACUGACUCUCCGCUGCGGAGCAGAUCUGCUCUGUAACCUGAGGCCUCCGACACAACCCCUUCUGAUCCCAGGGGAGGGGGAAUGAAACAAGAACGGAUGCUAAAAGCUGUUGGUUUCUGUUAAAACAGACUAGGAAUAGGCUUCUCCCGUAACCGCGGGCUUUCUCGUACCUCCCUCUGAAGCAGCUCUUACGGGGCAGGGUUUUUAAGUUGUGUAGAUGCUUUGGGGGAGCUGGCAGAGCUGGCUGAAGGAUGAGCUCAUCACUGCCAGGGAGACGCUUACUCGGUGCAGCCGCGACCUCCCCGGUGCAGAGCUGGCGGCACGCGCCGGGGACUUGCUAAAACCUGACCUCUUCCGCUGUAGCCGUAGUUCCCCGGAAAGGGAAAGGGAGUGAGCUUUCUGUGCAGGCUUUUCCUGCUCGUGCUGGUGAAUGCUGAAGCAUGUCUGGCUUCAUCUGUCCUUGGGUUUUGAGGUGGCCAUGCUGAACAGGAAGGUAGUUCAGUAGCUGCAGCACAGCGCUGCCACAAGCUCUCGCUGCUCCUCCUUAGAACUUUUAUCUACACACACAUAUACGUAACCAGCCUUGAUUUAUUUUUGUUUUUAUAAAUCGCUGAAGUCAUCUUGAAGCACUGUCAGCGUCAGCUUUGCAGACAAAUGCUCUCUGGAACACUUUU